UCAGCUCUAUCGUCAGUGAUAAGGCAACACCAAAUCAACAUCAUCAACCACCGACUCCGAAUUCCAUCGUCUCUGCGCAUCGAGAAAGAUCAUCAAGGUCUUACCUAAACUUUCCGUCACAUAAUCCGUAAUCAUGGCUGCCAUGUUCAGCCAGAACCCUUUGAUGAAUGGGCCCAACUAUUCAUUCUCGGAUGCCCCCAAGACCAACAGCGGCCAGUUUCGAGAACAUCGAUUCAACCCCUAUACCGACAAUGGCGGCUCGACUCUCGCCAUUGCUGGCGCAGACUUCACCAUUAUGGCUGGUGACACCCGCCACACCAGCGGUUAUAGCAUCAACUCUCGUAUGUCCCCCAAGGUCUUCCGAAUCGGCGGCACCACUGCCUCUCAGGAGGAUGCUACACUAGUGCUCUCUGUCGUCGGCUUCGCUGCUGACGGUGAGGCCCUCCGCGACCACCUCGACACCAUCUGCAAGAUCUACCGUUACCGCCACGGCAAGCCUAUGACUGUCAAUGCGUGUGCCAAACGCCUCUCUACCGUUCUCUACUCGAAGCGAUUCUUCCCCUACUACUCGCAUGCGAUGCUCGGCGGUCUGGAUGAGGAGGGCAGGGGUGCUGUGUACUCAUACGACCCCGUGGGGAGCUACGAACGGGAGCAGUGCCGAGCAGGCGGUGCUGCGGGCAGUCUGAUCAUGCCCUUCCUGGACAACCAGGUCAACUUCAAGAACCAGUACAUUCCCGGAAGCGGAGAGGGCCAUGAGCUGAAGGAGCGGGAGCGACGUCCUCUUACACGAACAGAGGUGGAGACUGUCGUCAAGGAUGCAUUUGAUGGUGCGGUGGAGCGUCACAUUGAGGUUGGUGAUAACCUUCAAAUGCUCAUCAUUACAGCGGACGGUAUUGAGGAGACAUUCUUGCCCUUGAAGAAGGAUUAGAUUGCAGGCAAGGCGAAAGGGGAAUGUAUAACAGGGGUUUACUUAGACGCCACGAAAUCAAUGAGCCUUCUUUACAGUCAGCUGCGGGGCGUGACUGUGGUGUGAUGAAUAUGAAUAUGAUACCGAGUCGCUUUAACGACAAAAGAGAACGUCACGCUCCACGAAAUGUAAACUAGUAGGUGGGCUAUGAGGCUUCAGGAUGCAAAGGCCAUACUUACUUAACUCGGGAUGUUAGGUUGUAUAAUGAAUUCCUAUGCAACGAGAUGAAUGGCGACACUGAGCUCUACAGACCGCACGUCACCUAUGCAUUAGAUACAAGGAAGAUAUCCAAUG